AUGCCUACAGUGUACAAAAGGAAAAAAACUGGAGCAGCUCGUGGGACCUGGACAGAAGACAAUUUAAAAGAGGCUCUAAUGAGGCUAGAAGCAGGAGAAAUUGGUGUCAAUGAAGCUGCUAGAUACUAUGGAAUUCCUUCUCGGACACUUCGUCGUCGAAGAAAAACAGGCAACAAUAUCAAAACAAGCUCUUUAGGACCACAAGGAGUGUUUGGAGUUGAAAACGAAAAACGUCUCGUCAAGCACAUCCAACGUUUAGAAAAAUGUGGAUUUGCACCUGACAAAGAGACAAUUAGAACACUUGCUUUUCAGUUUGCUGAAAAGCUAGGUCUCAAUCAUCGAUUUAAUUUAGAAUCAAGAAUGGCUGGGUAUGACUGGCUUUCAUCAUUUCUUAGAAGAAACCCAGAACUAAGUAUUAGACAAGCCCAGGGCCUCUCUUUAGCAAGGGGGGAAGGUAUUAACAAAGAAAGUGUUGAUCAUUUUUUUUUUUUAAUUCUCUCGGAAGUGUUUGAGGAACAUGAAUUCUUUACAAGACCGGGAAGUAUUUAUAAUAUGGAUGAAACCGGCUGUCAGUUAAAUAACGUUCCAGGAAAGGUCGUAGCUACUAAGGGGGCAAAAGAUGUUCAUGUUUUGACGUGUACAGAAAGAGGAGAAAAUAUUACAGUUAUUGCUUGUUGCAAUGCAGAAGGACAAUAUCUCCCCCCUUCAGUUAUUUUUAAAGGCGUUCGGGAAAAAAAAGAGUUUUCUGAUGGUCUUCCACCUGGAUCUAUGGUGUUCAUGAACGAAAGAUCCUCAUACAUCAGCAUAGAUAUUUUUUUCAGAUGGCUUAAAGAUGUCUUUGUUCCGAGAAAACCCCAAGGAAAGACUUUGCUAAUUCUGGACGGUCACGCAUCGCACUUAAACUGUUAUGACUUGCUGGAAUUUGCAGACAACAAUGAUAUUAUAGUUGUCUGCCUGCCCAGCCAUACCACACAAGCUCUUCAGCCUCUUGACCGGUCUUUUUUUAAGCCACUAAAACACUACUUUAAAAAGGAAGCAAGGAAUUGGAUUGUUAAUCAUCCAGGAAGGACCAUUGGGAGAAUACAAGCUGCAGAACUGAUUGAUAGAGCCUGGAAAAGGGCAGCUUCUGUUCACACUGCUAUUAAUGGUUUUCGAAAGACGGGAAUUUUCCCUCUGAACCAAGCAGAGAUUCCAAACUACUUCUUUUCCAUCAGUGAAGAAAUGAAACCGACCUGUGAACAGUCCGAAAGUUCUAAAUCAUCUGACCUGACAUCCACCCCGACAAAGUUAUUGCACCAGAUUUCACCUGUACCUAAGUUAGAGGAAAGAUGCCGAAAAAGAAAGAAACAGUCGGCUAUGGUUAUUACAUCCCAAGAACACAUCAAAGAAAAAAAGCUAAAAUCCGCUGCCAAAUUAAGCAAAGCGUCAAAACAGCUGGUGAUGGACACACCCAUUGAAACCGGCGGAAGUGAUCAUACAAACAACUGCCUCGAAUGUGAGGAGAACUAUUAUUUGACAAAAGAAACAGUAGACUGGAUAAAGUGCGUAAAGUGCCAAAAAUGGUUACAUGAAUCAUGCACAAUGUAUGGUAAUCUUUGCAAUGUUUGCGGAAAAACAAAAAUUAGAGAAAAUAAAAAGAAAAAUAUUGUCUGA